AUGGGAAGCGACAUAAAGGGAGCAUCUCACUCGUUAUACGCGGACGCAGCUGCAGGGAUUGUUAUCCUAGGACUUUUUUAUACCUGGAUGGUUUGGAAGCAGCAGCGAAAGACAAAUGAGAGCCUUUCUGUUCCACCCUCUCCUCCAAUCGAAAAAGAGAACCUGCCAUCAAAUCAACACGGAAAGAACAGCAUUUACCAUAUGAAUAAGUCCAAAGGUGGAGCGACCAAUACAUGCUUCCCGCUACCAGAUCCACUACCAGAUUUCUCUCUCGAGACUGCUCGCACGAGAGACUAUGUUUACGUAAAUAAGACUCUGCGAUACCCAUACUACCAGACUAUGGCGCAUCAGCCCUUAUCACCCAACGACUGGAUAGAGAUUUCAGCCUCGUAUCGAUGGUACCUUGCUGAAAAAAAGCGAGUUAUCGAUGAACAAGGCAAAAAGGUUAUUGACUCUUUACCGGAAAAUGACGCUGCUUGCGGAGAGCUCUUGGAGCUGGUAGCUGAAUUUAUGUCCACGCGAUACCCUACACUUUUUAAUCGUCUGCUCGAGACCACUCAAGAAGGGAAGGAACUUGAUGGAAUAUACAGCCACGUUACGAAUGAACGCUACCAGUGGGUCAAAGGUUGCCCUCCGGAAGGUGUGGAAGGGCUCAAAAUCAUUAGUCGCCUCACUGAAAAUGACUUCCUCAUGGGUCGUGAGCGUGAAGAUGGACACAUAUACUUUGUUGGAGGCCUAGUUGCAUUUCCCGGAUUUUACCUUUUGUCGGAAAAGAUAGGCAAAUCUAUGCACGACGUCCAUUUGCCCGUACCCCAAUUCAACCAAAAGCUUCUUGUAUCUGUGGAGAGGACGCUAAAACGUAUGGAACCCAACGCUCCAUUCGAGAGAUCAAGUUGGGAGAUUGUGGAUGAUAACAACUUGUUCUUCCACAACAUCGCUCAACUUCCAGAGGGGGGAAAGUGCAAUGUUGAUCCAGGAAGCCUGUAUCUCCGUAUUGACCGACAGGCAUUCCGGAAACUUCCUCGCUCAAAUGCGAUAAUAUUCGCAGUUCAUCCGCUCAUUAAGAGAAUGCGCGAUAUUAGAGAAGAUAGCCCACUUGUUCCCGCCCUGCUUGCCAAAAUUCACGAAGAGUCAUCUAGGGACCUCAUGGAAUAUAAGGUUGCGCCAGCUUAUUAUACGGAGCUCAAGCCUUGGCUUGAAGAAGCCACAAGAGACCAGAUAUCGAGAGGUUUGAUUAAGGGAGACGAAGAACCCCAGGACUUCAGAGAUAUUACUCGUCCAGCAGAAAUACUUGUUCAACCUGUAGCGGUCCCCUGA